UUGCCGUCCGUGGCAAUGCUAUAUGCAAGCCUCAGUACUGUAUUUUUACUCGUGCUGCGUGUGAUUUGGGCAUCAAAAGAACCAGUGAAUCUAGGACUCGACAGUCGUAGCCGCUCGGCAAUAAACAACCAAGCCGGCCAGCUUCUACCCAUGCAUCUAACGCAAAUCACGUCUGCUUGGAAUCCUUUAGCCGGACACACUGGACUGACGGAAUGGAUCAUCCGUCAUAUCAUGGGCGGCAUGAGCGCCGGCGUCGCUCUAGCAGCGGUUUUGCCUAUGCACCCAAUAUUCGGUGCACUUGUCAUACUUUGUGGAUUGAGUGUUCAGGCAUUCGUGCGUGAGCAACUGGGAAUGCCAUGGGAUGCGACCUUCCUGUCAUGGGACGCAACAUCGCGCUACUGUCACGCGUAG